CCACGGACUCAAUCCACUCGGCUAAGGAAGCCCCCAUCUUCUCUGCCUCUUCCAAGCGAUUAUCCCCUGCGUAGUUUUUGAAAAUUCGAAAAAAAGUCUCCCAAAAUGGCCACGUGGUUUACGGCUAAUUGCAAACAGUACUCUGCAGUCUGCACCGUGUUUAUUGCUCGUCAAGGGUUUUCAUCUCACGAUAGAAUACAAAAGGCCAUAACGAUGUUUCAUUGUUUCCAAACAAAUCCUCGUCAACGUAUCCAUUCGCUUUUUGUACCCAAAGUACGUACUCCGCCAAAAACGCCAAACCGGAUGACAAUGGCACAGAACCACAAGAACGCAUGAGCAACACUCCGGGACCGCGCCAUGCGCAUUAACGAGGCCACUGCCUUCUGUUGCCGUCGUAGCCCAGGCAGGCCAGCAUAAAUCCUCACAUUUCGUAGCACUGUAGAGAGCUGAAUAGAACGCCGCGUGAAAGUCAAGCAAAAGCCUGGAGUGAAUAAUAGCUACAGCGCGUUUCUUCUCUUUUUAACUGAUUGAGCCAGCUGUUUGUAACUCCGAAGAGGUUUACAUUUCCCCAAUGUUUUUGUUUAUGCUUUUGUUGUUAAACAGAUCAAAGCAAUAAAACAAUGUUUGCGUACGGCUGAACUCGAAUCCAAAUAGCAUGCAGACGAAUGCGAGCGCGUAAAGUAAUCUUUCGCUUCGUCCGUUUUGUGCAUCGUUUUUAAGACUUUUUGGCCAGCGCCGACCGCCCCCCGAUCCAGUAAGUUUGCUGCCGUAUCGAUUUAGGUGGAGCACAGACCAACCGGCCUUGCACAAGUAGUAGUGUGGCAUCGGACAACCAGGACGGCGCUGGACAGAUGAGCAGCGCCCAACUGCGGUAUCAACGUUAAUCCGGAAGCAAACAAAGCUUGAACGAUAAAUUACUGCAGUAGACGCAGCAGCACGUCGAGGCAUCUACAGCGUUGGAACGCCAGUAGCGACACAUGCGUCUGGCUUCUGGUUGAACGGUGUUUCCCUCUAUUGUGCAUCCACAAAAUUGGUUGGUGGCGCGCCCACAAAGCAGCAGUGCACGACAACGUCGCUGUGUGUGUGUGUGUUUGUAUGUCUAGGCUAAGCAGGCCUCGAAAAUAUAGGUUUGUGCCUCAUGAAUGAAUCGAACAAAACUAUGUGCUGAAGCGCAAUAAUCGAACGGAGUUGUGAAUCAAAUUGCGCCCAAAUGUGUUUGUGAUCUGUUCUUAAGGCCUCAAUCGGACAAAGUGUUACGCGAAAGCAGAGCAAGACCAUUUUCAAUGUGUACAACAAAGGCCGGCUCUAUCGUUGAUUGCAAAUAAAAAAAAACUCAAUCUCGUCGUCAACGCUAGCGGAGAAAAAUAUACACAGAAAGAAAAACUCAAAGGAACCAGAAAAAUAAACAAUACAAAAGCAGAAAAAAUAUUCAGAUCGUAGAAACCUACGCCAUUCAUUUUCCUCGCUUGGUGAAAAACUGCAGCGGAGAAGAGUGAUUCGGGAUUGCUAUUUGAAUAUAAAUCAGUGCCGCAAAGAGUGAAAACAAAGACCCUCCCCCCACUGCACCGUACCAAUCUUCGUGCUGUGUUCAGAGUGAUACUUUUGGAAGAGUGCAAAGCAAAACUGAAAGGGAUAGAUACCGAGAAAUAGCGGUGCACAUUCUACGACGAUGAAUCCGGGCCAUUCGGGAACGUCAAGGCGACCGUAUUCACGGGGUGCCGCCCCAAGGAAUCGCUCUCGUAUGCCGUUCUCUCCUCACCAUUCGCAUCAUUCCAAUCGCAACCAUGGCGGCGGCCACAGUCAGUCCUGGUACAACAAGGACAUGGAGAACAGCUUCAACUAUGGUGAUAAUACCGGGAGUAGUCCUAAAGAAUCCUUCACAUACUCACCAAAAUCCCCACCAAUGCAAUUACAUUCCCCUCCAAUCACCAAUCGUCCAAUCUUAAUGCCUUACGGUGCUACUGAUGAUGGUAGUGUUAAUAAUAGAUCUCAACAAAUUCUUAGAGCUGGACCAAGCCAUAAUGACCGGCGAAAUAACAUGAGUAUGCAGGAUAGAAACCGGCAUACUAAUAGUGCAUCAACCUUGGAUCGUCAUUCGACUUUUCAGAAUCAUUUCGAAGGGCCGUCGAAUUCUACCAGAGGAUCAGAUUUGCAUUUGGAUACCAGAUCGGUCCUGUCGAUAGAUUCGAUGCGAAAUAGCCGAGAGAAUAACAGGGAACGCAUCAGUCCGCCAUAUCAUCAGGGUAGUAGUUCACAUGCGAACAAUAACCAAACACCAAGUCCAUCGUACAACUCAGACGGGAACAACGGAAUCAAAUCUGAUAGUCCUUCACGUAAAAGACGUCGUGUGUCCAGAAUGCCUAGUCAAUCUCCGCCGGCCAUAUGGGACCAUCGAAGGUCCCCGAGAAACAACAAUAAUCAUCACAACAAUCACCAUAACCAUCAACCGCAGCAGCAAUUGCAGCAACCGCCUCACAUGAGCCAACAUCAUCAAAAUCAACACAACCAUUUGCACCUGCCUCAGCAUCAAUCCGGCCCGGUGCCAUUACAACAGGGUAGUCCACCGUUACGUAGACCAAGAUUCCGUGAACAACCUCGUCCAUGGGAGCCAAUGCCGCAGGUUUUCCAACAACCGUCUCCGCCUCAACCACAGCACCAGCAUCCCUCACUGAUGGUUGAUAUCAACCAAGUUCCUGUCAGCCUUCCAUUAGGUCACCACGAGCAACUGUGGACAUACUCUGCUGGACCACACAUUUCCAUUUGCUCAGGUCAUCCAGCAGCACCGCAUAUUCCACCUUGCCAGGUUCAUGGAGUCUACUCACAACCCUUUGCUCAAACUUGUAAUAUUGGAGGACACUUCGGAGCGUUUGCAUCGUCCCCUGCUGCACUUGCUGUGCCUCAUCCGCAUCCACAUCCACAUCAACAUCCGCAGCCACACCAAGCGCACUAUCAGCAUCCUCACUUAGCGCAACAGCGACCCGAGGGGUUAUCUCUCGAUGGGUUGGACCAUACCGGUGCUUCACCACUACAUGUUUCCCCACUUACCGCCGCACACAUUCAUUCCUCGCCUCAAAUGGCCCAGAUCUCACCACCGACGCCGAUCUACAUUUCGACCGAAACCGUGUUGAAUAUUCUCCAGGGACGUACCGGUCAAUUUGAGCUGCUGCACAGAACUGCCCGCCGGGCCAUCACUGCUCCCCGCCGGAACUUUACCCGAUUCCACUGGCCAGCUCCACCUCCACCGCCCCAUCCUCACGCCCAUCCGGCGCAUCGUCACCCAAGCCUACAGCAUCAGACACUUGCCCCGCAGCCCACACAGGUUUCCCUCUCAGCUACACCGUCCGCUUAUUCAGGAAUUUUGCUGAAUUUCCUAGCCAUGUUCCCGCUGUCGACGUACGGACAACCAGAUAUGAACUCACCUGACUCCAACGAGACGGAGAACUACGAAGCGUUGCUCAGUUUGGCCGAACGUCUAGGUGAAGCGAAACCGCGUGGUCUAGCUCGACCGGAAAUCGAUCAACUUCCCAGCUAUAAAUUCAACGCGGAAACUCAUACAGGGGAUCAAACGUCUUGUGUGGUGUGCAUGUGCGAUUUUGAAGCACGUCAAAUCUUGCGAGUACUACCGUGCUCGCAUGAAUUCCACGCAAAAUGCGUAGAUAAGUGGCUGAGGUCGAACCGUACCUGCCCUAUCUGUCGUGGGAACGCCUCGGAAUAUUUUGAGAGUAGCGAAGAACAAUAGGCAGUUUCAGCGGUGGCGCCAAACUUUGCAAGAAUCGCCAAUGCCGAUAGUAAUAAUCGAAGCUUUACCCUCCGUGUUAGAAACGAUGUAACACCCUUUUAACAAUUUUUCUGCAAUAGGAUGAUGCCGUCGCUUACGUACUGUGACUUGAAUACUAAAUCUAUCGGUAGUGAGAAGAAGCGUAGGAUACCAACAACUGCGGCUUAUCUAUCAUUCGAACAGGACAACAAUGAUAGGGUUGCAUUGUGGAGCAAGAUAUAACAAUAUUACGUAUACGUAUUCUUCGUUUUGCGUAGUUUUUUGGCUAUCACACGAGUUAAUCGGAUCGUUUAAAAAAUCUACCGACAAAAAUGCACCUAACUCAACAAACUACAUGUUAAUGGUCUACUGUGGGAAGCGUUUAUGCACUCGUAUUUAUGGUUUUCGACAGAGUAUGUAUUAGAGUUUAACUGGUAAGUUUAAAAAUGGGCAUAAAUAGAUUCUAUUUUAUGGAACCAUCAAAAACUUGAACAAUAUUUGAAUAAACGUUGAAACGCCAUCGUCUAGCAAGAUGCACCAGCCUCGAAAACAUUCUCAAGUAGCAAUAAAGUAAUUUUUGUAUCCAGUGAACCGAAUUUUUAGAGCAGGGAACUAGUGUGGAAAAGGUUCUAACAAAAGUAAUCGUUUGUUCAUCUUUCCUUCCUACUAAAUAGAUAAAUUCUAAAACUUUUCUUAUAUUUUUGGAAUAUGCUACAGAAAAUCAACUACUACAACUAAUCGUAAACCAAACCAUAUGGUGUGAGAAAUGAUACAACGCAUACUGUUUAGCUUUACUUCUGUAAUCCAUCGGUGUAUAGCCCAGCGAAAAAAGUGAGAAAUAUCAGUGUGAUUGAAGCAUUAGUUACUUUUUUCAACGAUAUGGUUUUGAGCGUAUCACAACCAACGAUUGACAGUAGAAUUGCCAAACUUUUUUUUAAAAUCAGCACAGAUGAUUUAUAUAUCAACCCUUUGUGUAGAAAUAAUCGUUUAAACUAAGUUGGCAAUGAAAAAUUAUUUAUGAUUAAUUUAUGAAAGAAUUGGUAAUUCCGAGUAGAUGAUCGUUCUUUAAGAUAAAAGUGGAAGGUUAAAAAAAAAUGAACAAAAUUAAAUAAUUGCAUGAUCUUAAGGAGGUUUUUCCGUUGAAUUGUUUUAUCUUUCGACCUACAAUAUGGAUUUUAAUUAGAGUUUCACAAAAUACAUACUAGAUUGUUCUUCCAUCAUUUAGCAAUGUUCAUAAUUUCCGAGUGCACCAAUCAAGUUUCAAUCUGAUCUUUACACUCGCUUACCUGCAUUCAGUAACUAAUAAGUAGUUUGAAAUGUUUUAAGCUUCAAACUGAAGAUUCUUGACCAAUAUGUACGUAUUUGAGGUGUGCUAUUUCCCUAUUGUGAUAAAAUUGCUGAAUAUGAAUUAUACAUGUAUAAUCAAAUUUUGUGAUGUUUGGAAGCAGAUGAGAAAAAAACGAAUAGUAGUCGUAGUUUUGAACUAUACUUAUCGGUCCAAUACAAUCUCUCGUAGCGUUUCUAAUACCAAACACUCGUCUCAUCUCAUCAAACCAAUCCAAUGACUGAGUCUAUCGUAUAAAAUGUUACCGUAAACUUCUACGGCUUCAAUAGCUUUCCUCUUUGCAUAAUACUGGACACUCUAUUGAUUGUAAGGAGUGCAAGAAAAAUAGUCGAUAAAAGUGGGCGCUAGGAAAAUAGUCGAAAUAACUUAGAUUCAAAAACUAACACCAGAAACGAUUUCGAAUUUUGAUCCAGAAAUAAUUGUCUUCCCAUCAGUCUACUUUCUGUUCUCGGUUGUCAAUGAUUGUUUCGUUUAUUUCAACACUGUGUCAAACUUCGAAAGCGUAUCCACCAGAAUUGUCUCAAUAGCAAUAUCAGAUGAAAACACUAAAUAUAGAGUACUGUGUGCCAUUUUGUACUUUGAUAGUUACAAUUCAAACACUUACCAGCUUGGACAUAUGAAGCAAAACAACAAACGAAUCAAAAUAAGACAAAAAUUACAAAUAUUUUCUAAGAUGGUACAGUACUAAGCCGUAGACAAAAUACAUAUAUAAAUGUGAGGUUAAUUUGCCUAGAUUUCUUAUAAGUGGUAUUUCUCUGAAAUAAUACAGGAAUAUAGAUUUCUAUUGUCCAAAACUGCUUGUUGGAAACUAACAUAACACAAACUAUAGAAAUAGCAUCAGAUUGAAUAAAAAUGCAUAACAUAGAGAAACGAUUUGGUUUCAUUAAAAGUGCAGUAUUCAAUUCAGAGCGUCAUCAAUUGAGCGCAAAUAUGUCAAUAGGUGCAGAGCGCGCAGUGAAUUCGUGCAGAAGUGAAUCGGUCUCGAAACUUUGAGAGAGUGUAGCAUUGUUCCAAAUCGUCCGCAUUACAUAUCAGUAAGUAAAAUUUUUGCUUUCGUUCAAACCUUCUGGGUAACUUUGAUAGGCUUUUCCUUUUGUUAUUUUACAAUCCGCCAAGCUUUGUUUGCCAAUUUACUGUAGACAAAAUGAAGGUUAUAACCCUCUUUCGUGUUUCGUUAUUUACUGUCCUUAACAACGAUGGGAUAUCAGAACAUAACUUUAAGUUAAGCAAUAAGUACAACUAUUAUAUGUAAUUGAAAUAAAUCAUUCCUUAGUUUUGUGUUGCUCGGUGUGCAGUAUUUUGUAAAAGUGGUAGAAUAUGUUUAAGUUAUCUAUUGGCAGUUAUGUCUAUCAACACGAUUAAGCAAGUUGACAAUAAUUUUAUAAUAGCCUCCAAAAUACCCUCAUAAAGCUUCGUUGAAUGGAGGAGCGAAUCAUCUUUGUUUCGAUUGGGCUACCUCAGAGGA